AUGGAUGGUCCUCAGCUGUCUCAGAGCUGUGAACUAUCUCUACCCUGCUGUGCAGACGGGGGGCCACUGUUGAGCGCCAAGGCCCCCCAAGUCAGUGGUGUCAGAGUUCAGCUGGAGAUGCAUGCACUUUGGCAGCAGUUUGACCAGCUGGGCACAGAGAUGAUUGUUACCAAAGCUGGGAGGAGGAUGUUUCCAACAUUCCAGGUGCAAAUCUCAGGGAUGGAUCCUGCUGCUGAAUAUGUCUUGCUCAUGGACUUUAUCCCUGUUGACGAUAAAAGAUACAGAUAUGCGUUCCACAGCUCAUCCUGGCUGGUGGCAGGGCGAGCGGAUGUUAUUGCCCCAAGCAGGAUGCAUUUCCACCCAGACUCACCUGCCUGUGGAGCCCAGUGGAUGAAGCAGACUGUUUCUUUCGACACUCUCAAGCUCACCAACAACCUGCUGGAUGACAACGGACAUAUGAUAUUGAACUCCAUGCAUCGCUACCAGCCACGCUUCCAUGUGGUGUAUGUGGAUCCAACUCCCAACAGUCACUUAAACGCAUACAGGAACUUCUGCUCUUUUUCCUUCCCCGAGACACGCUUUAUGGCUGUCACUGCCUAUCAGAACCACCGGAUCACCCAGCUAAAAAUUGCAAGCAACCCGUUUGCUAAAGGCUUCAGGACUACAGACCCCCAGGACCAGGUGGGUAACUCCGGACCCUUGGCACUGUGGUGUCCACCAGAGGGCAGAGCUGAGCCCCUCAUCAUCAAACCUGGAGCACAGAGAAGCUGGGGCUCAAAGACUUCAACCAGACAGGAGGACCCAGCCCCGUUGUUGGCGGAGCAGUGUGGACUGUUCCACCCGUGUAAAGACUCUGUGGGACUCACCAUGGAGAGGAAAGAUGGGGACAGUGUAUUAGAACCGGCUUCCUUCCUCGCUAUUCCCUCCUACUGGGACUGGCCAGGAUCAUCUCAAGAGAGAGCUCUGAGGGAUGCAGCGGGGUGGAUGGAGGAGGAGGAGGAGGAGGUGAAAGACUGGAAGGCGGAUAACAGCAUGAACGGGUCUGGACAGGGGAAGGAUGCGGAUUACGGUAGCCCGCCGGCCAGCCUGCCUUCCGACGAUGGUUUCGGUCGUUUGACGUGA